AGACGUCAAUCGCGGCAUCAACCGCCUCGCACUUAUUCCAGGCUUGAAUGUGGCGGCGUCAAAGGGGGAGGAAAAGGAAAGUAUAUCCGCACUUUCUACUUACUCGGCCGAUCAGGAUGGUCAUGCCGACUCCAUGUUAGACGACUUUUAUUCCCCGUCAACCGGUGCAUCCUGUUAGCUGGGAGCCGGGGUCGGCGUGGUCCGCGCGUUGCUGUGGUAACGCCCCCACCUCCCCAGUGAAGGCUGAGCCUUCCGUCACCCCGGUGGUUCUGUUGCCCCGGUGACCGGCCGGUUGGUCGGUCGGUCCGUGCACCUGCCCGUUGCUGCGCCGCCGCCGCCGCCGCUCCCCUCAGCUUCAGCCUGCGCCAUGGGUCACGGACUGAAGUGCGGGGUAGCCAUCUCGUUCUGCGCCGUUUUCAUGGCUUAUUGGUACCGGCAGCAGGUAGACCGCGAGCUGGACUCGCGGCUGGAGACGGUGCUGUCGUCGCUGCUGAAAGCCGAAAGGAAAGUGGACCUGAACCGGCGGCCUCGAGUGGCAGUAGGUUUUGGAGGCUGUCUUGAUAUUGUUGCAGAUGGAAUUGCUCUCCUUAACAAAGCGGGCAUCAAGCCAAGCAGGAAUCCUGUGCACCAUAAUUACAUCACAUCAGAGGAACAAUUGGCUGAAAGCUUUGCAUACUUCUUUCCUUCAGGAGCUGCAUCAGAGCGCUUUAUUUCCAAUGGGACACUGUUUCGUAAACUGGUGAAAGCCACUCAAGGUCUUCCUCGAGUACGAUGGUCGUUGGGUGGAAAUGCACCAGUCAUGGCAAAUCGUCUCGCACAGGAAGGAUGUGAAGUGCUCAUGGGGAGCCGUCUAACGCCUGACCUCAUUGAAGUCCUUCAAGAGCAUGUAACCGUGACAAGCAAGCCAGUGGAUGAAACUGACAUUCAUCUUAUCCUGGAAUAUUCAUCUGGUUCCAAAUGGGGACAACUAGUGUCAAGAAGAGCAAACAGGUUCAUAGUCCAUAGCGACAUAUCCAAUCCAGUUUUAGAGUCACUGGAAGACUUUCAGACUCAAUUUAAACAGUUCAAUCCAUCCCUUCUGGUAGUUGGUGGUCUUCAGAUGAUGGAUAAUUUUCCAUUUAGACCAGGUCAACUUGAAGAGCGGCUAAAAUUGCUCCGGGACCUCAUGCUAUCAGUUGACAGCACCACUAGAAUCCAUUUUGAAAUGGCCUCCUUUGUGGAUGACACGCUUCUGAACAAUCUUUUCACAUACAUCAUCACUAACGUAGACUCUCUAGGGAUGAAUGAACAGGAGUUACCCAAUCUGCUCAGCAUGUUAAAGGGGGCCAACAUCACUGUUCUGUCCGAUCCUUAUCCAAGAGUGGCAAGUAUACUCGAUCAAAUGCGGGACGUUUAUCGCAUCUUAAAUUCUCAGGAGAUAAUGGGCACACAACACAAGCUCACACGACUGCAUGUUCAUACUCUUGCUUUCCAAGCAAUCAUUAUUGCCAAAGGGUCCUUUUGGAGGAACACCAUGUCAGCAACUGCCAAAGCUUCAUUAACUGCAAACCGACAUGUUUGCGGCUCACCAAAUAUUGACCCCACCAAAGCAAAGUUGAUCAUGGAUGAUUCUUUUUCUGUGAGUCGUGAGCAAGGGAGUAAGAAAAUUCCACUCAAAGAAAAUCGACCUGUAUCGUGUUGGGAAGAGCAUGAUUAUGAGAUCUGUGUUGCUCCAGUGCUGGUAUGUACUGAGGUGUAUCAGACCGUUGGUGGUGGUGACAAUAUUUCUGCAGCCAGCUUGGUUCUUCAGAUCUAGUGAUCGCUCUGGAUUCGAAGAGAACUCGCAUGCAAUUAACCUUUGCUGUCUUCCUCGAUGAGUAUGAUUCACAAAGAACUGCUUGUAUCUUUCCACCAACAAUUCCCUUCUACACACACCCCGCCAUCCUUAAAAAUAAAUCUCGUUCGAUGAUCUGUCUAUUGUUACAUGAGCAUCAUGUAAUCAUUAAUCAGGGUUCUGAGAAUUGUUUAAGAAUACUUAAAUAAUUAAAUGCUAAUUUUAGGCACUUUUUGUAUAAAUCGCUCAGACUUAGUUCCUGAAUAGAUGGGAGCAAAAUCUCUAAUUUUUUUCCUCCUCAAUUUAUUUUUUGAAUAGUCAUGGCUGAGUAAUGUAACAAAUCCGCCUCCAGUUAAGAUUUUUUAAAUCUCCAUUACUGUCAAUUCUGCAAGGUCUGAAUUUUUCUGGUGCAAAAUGGUCCUGUACUGCUUUUUGCUUUUAAAGUCUCUCAGGAAAUUUGUACAUUCUACAUAUAUCUUGCACCGUUUGCAGAUCCCCAGUAAUGCAUCUGUCACAAGCUCUUGCUAUGGUUUACGACAAUGAGAAGAGUAGGCAAGGUUUAAAUGUUCCUUCCAGGUGCUCUCAUCUUUUGACCCAGAUUAUCUACCUAGCUCAUUCCUUUUAUUUUCUGUGACAAUUUCAUGCUCAAUUCAGUUUUUGUGGAAAAUGGCAGCAGUUUGCAACCUCACCAAAAUUGCGUAAUUGUUCUGCCUAACUGCAUGCUGCCAAAGUGUACCUGAUGUUGCUCUAAUUGAAGUCCAUUCCUAAUGGAUGACCACAUUUCUACUGGGAACACUGAUCAUUGCCCCUCAUUCCAGCUGGAGAUCAACUAUUUCAUACAACAAAGGAUCACAGGUCGUCUUUUUCUGGUUAAUCAUUUGGUAUCUUGUCUCGUGUUGGAUUUUGCCACUCAUCUGAACCACACAGAAUUCCAUGUUUUUAAAGGCAAAAGUUAAAAUGAGAGAGUGUAUUGGAUUUAAACAAAGCCUUCCAAUAGGGAAUUCAUCUCCUCUGCUGCAAUUCUGUGUAAAUUCCAAGGGAAAAAAAUUGCAGGCUAUUUUGUAUUUAUAAUAUCCAAAGGAUGUCGUGUUUCCUGAUUACAGGAUGAGUAAUUUGAGUAUAUAUUCUUAUUCCUCGUAUCACAUCUUCAGAAAUAACAGGAAAUUGUACUAAAUUACGAGUUAUGUGAAUGCAUCUACAAUAGUCCAAAAAUCAGAGUGUUUGACAUAGUAUUGGUAAUGUCACAAUCUAGGAGCAAAUUAAAGCUUAAUCCAAGAACAUAAAUAUUUGUAGAGAAAAGGAAUAAUAGCAAAAUACAAAGCACUUUAGUUUUACAUUUUCUUUAUGUGAUUGAAAUACAUUUAGGAUUGGCUUUGACAGAAGAGGACAUAAACAUGAAGAAAGUAGGUAAACGAUUAAUUGGCUACUCUAUCAGAUGCAGCAUUAAAGAAACUUGUAUUUCAAUGGCUUAAAAUGUAGUCCAAAAUGUAAUUGAGGGGUUUGGGUGGAAAAUUAGGAAAAGUUGAAAUGAUAAAAGUUUUAUUUAAAAUAAAGUGAUAUUUGUGCAGUGUUUUGGGGGAAUGCUGCAGAAACUCCACAGUCAGGAAUGAAAUAAUGGGUUACUUCUCACUACCCGAUUUAUCAUUCAAUUAUUUAUUAAGAUGAAAAACAAACUCACGUUAGUAAAUAUGAGCACUUAAAUAUAAUAGUUUUAAACAAGUCAGUACAUAUUAUUUUUUUCUAAAAUAGCCACAAGGGCCCAUGUUAGUGUAGAUUUUAUUGACCACUUUGAUUCCCCACAUAUGCAAAGCACAAACUAUACAUGAUUUAAUCUUCCUUGGGCUGUGUUUUGCAUCCUCAUUCACUGGGAUUGCAGGAAGUCUAAUGAAUUCAUGAAAACUUAGUGUGUUGCACCCAUCACUACUGUCAAAAGCCCUUAUGAUUUCAUACUUUUUAGCACAAAGUUAAGAGUAUAAAAUAAGCCAGAAUUAUUGUGUGUAAUUGUAAUCUCUGGUUGAUUAAAACUCUUUAGUUUUAUUUAUAUGGAUUAUUAUUCUAUCAGACAUUUCUAUAUAGAAUAGAUCUUGAAGUUUUAUGCAAUUUCAGCUGUGAUCUAAAAAAAAAUUAAGUUGUCAGAAAAUUGAAGGCAGCAGUGUGCUUUUUUUUCUGGCAAUGAUGAUUGCAUUUAAGAGUAGUUUUGGUGAGAUGAAACAAGAAAAUACUCAAACUCUCAAUUGAAAUUGUGAUGCAAGUGAAGAUUUAAUUUCAUUCCUCAUAGUGAUAAACCUUUCUCUGAUGGGAUAAUUCAAAUCAAGCGAAAUUGGUAUGUUUUUUUUUCAUUCCAUUAAAUCACCCACCCACAAAAGUGAGAUAUUACAUUAAUAAAUUUUAAAGCUAAUGAUAGAUUUAGAAUGGGUCCUCAAUGGUGUAGAGGUACAGAUGAUAUAAUUAUGGUACAGAUAAUUACAGAUUAUGUAUUAGACUAUACUGAAUGACAUUUCCCUGUCCCUAGAUUUGCUAGGAUUAACAGUACCAAUAACAAGAUCAAUGGGGAAAAAAAGAUUGACUUAAGAAUGAGCACAAACUGAAUUGUGGCAAAUUGUGAAAAUGGCAUACAUGUUGUUGUGCAGGUUUAGAAUAUAGUCCGUGAGGUUGCAUCGAUGUUGCACUGGAACUUUAAUUUCAUUGUGACAAUGGACAGAACUAUUGUGGCAUUUAAGAACAAUUGAAUAAGUUAACUUCCAUGCGAUCUUUUACUGCAUUCAAAGUGCUAAAUAAAUAAAAGUUUUUUGAUAAGAGUCUGAUGAAGGAUCCCAACUCGAAAUGCCAUCUGUCUGUUUUCCCUCUACAGAUGCUGCCUCAGCUGUUUCUAUUUUUUUUAACUUUAUUCCAGUAAUCAACAGACUCCUGGUUCAAAAUGGGCUCUCCUUGUGACUAUUUCUGCGUGUGAUCAUUUGACAAUUUCCAUCCUCUCACUCUGCUUGUCACUUAACUGUAUGCAAAGUAAUUUUGCUUAGUAUAAUGAACUCUGGACUUGGGUUUCAUUAAUGCCACGAGGCAAUGAAGAGGCUUUUGGCUCAUAUCCUCUUCAACAGGAUAUGUAUUGGAAAACAUAGGAUGAGCAAACUGCUACAAACAAAUUACAAAAGCUCAGGUGUUUUAUCUGUUUUUAAAUUCAAACAUAUCUUCCAGGGGUUCUAUUUUCACUAACUACAGUGAUUAUGAGAGAGCCAAUUGCUGAAGUACCAAGAAAGAAACUGCUGGGUUUAAAAUGUAUUUUGCCUUAAAUGAAAACUUAUCCUUGUGGAUGUGAAGUUUAGAUAAAUAAUUUUAAGAUUUUGAUUUUUUCUACUGAUUUAAGUACUGAAAUUAUUUUGAACAGUUUAUUUCUGGUCAUCUUAUCAAUUAAUUCAUUGCUACAUUCUGCAGUAACUGAGUAACAAUGAGACAUUCUACUGUUUAUCACAUUGAAAAUAGACCAACACAGUUCAUCCAAAAAUAACAUAUUCAAAAUAUAAAUAGUUCACAGAAUCCUGUUCAUUUUCCAUCAACAAUUUUCAGGUAAUCAGCUUUUCCAGGUUGUCUCUAACUGACUCAUCAAUCUGUAAUUCACUCGUCUUCACUGCAACUGUCGUAUGUAUUUAUGUUCGUCGUUUCUUUUCUCCUGUCCUAUUCAUGUCUUUUUUACACCUUAAACAAUAAUUUCCCAUUAAUAAGCCUUCAAUUCUUUUCUUCUCACUAUUUACAAUAUUAUCUUUCAUUCUUCACCUUACAGACCCCUUUCCCUUCUCUGCAACUUAAAAUAGGCUAGUUUUCUUGCCUUUCCUAAUUCUGAUGUAAGAUCAUUGACCUUAAAUACUAACCUUGUCUCUCCAUAAGUUCUAGGGGCAGAAUUAGGCCUUUUGGCAUAUCAAGUCUACUCCGCCAUUCAAUCAUGGCUGAUCUAUCUUUCCAUCUCAAUCCCAGUUUCCUGCCUUCUCCCCAUAACCCCAUGCCAAUCUUACUAAUCAAGAAUAUGUAAAUCUCAGCCUUAAAAAUAUCUAUUGACUUGGUCUCCACAGCCAUCUGCGGGAAUGAAUUCCACAGAUUCACCACCCUCUGACUUAAAAAAAAAAAUCUCAUCUCUCCUCAUUCUUUUAUUCUGAGGCUAUGGCCACUAAUGAAAACAUCCUUUCCGCAUUCACUCUAUCCAGGCAUUAUAUUAUUCUGCUAAUUUUAAAGAGGUCCCCCUCAUCCUUCUAAACUCCUCCACAGAUGCUCUGUCCUAAAUGGUUUCUGUUUUCAUAUUUUUAGUAUUUUGUUUUUUCUCUUAAUAGCUAGAAUGAAAAUCAUAUUUUAUUUCUCUUAGGGGACCGCAUAUUGUAUUCUGCUAGGUUGUCUUUUGGUACUAUAAAACAAUUCCAGCUUAUUAACAGUAAGCAAUUAAUGUUUAAAACUUAUCAACAAUUUUUUAAAAUUCGUGCACAUAAGCUGAUCGGGUUUGGAGAACAUUGUGCUGAUUCCAAUGUAAUCACUUUUUUAAAUAAAGGACAAACAAGUUUGGAACUUAGUUGAAACUACUCAGUGAACCCUUAAGUUUGCAUUUCUAAGAUGUGAUCUAUAGAGUAGGAAUACCAGAGCCAUUUUUUUUGGUGGUUGAUAAAGGCCCUGUGGUGAAAUUCUUUGGAAUAAUUAGCUAUUUUUGUUUUAAAAAUGUGAAUUUGUUUUUGUUGACAUGGUAAUAAAGAUUGUGAAUUCAAACUAUCAGCAUUAUUUUGUGCUUAUGUUUUGCUUUCCUUUUCUCACAUCAGGUGAAAUGUUCUUUUAUUGUACUGGAUUUUAUUUCCAAUAAAGUGAUGUUGGAAUA